UGGUUCUUGUAACAGACAGGACUAAUGGGGAAAACUCUUCUUGAAUUUCAAUCUAAUAAAGGAGAUGUUCUUCCUGCUCACAAGUUUGGCACGCAUGAUGUGGUUGUCUUGAGACCAAACAAGGCUGAUAUAGGGUCCCCUGCUCUUGGACAAGGUGUAGUUUACCGAUUAAAGGACUCAUCAAUUACCGUCGCUUUUGAUGACAUCCCAGAGGAGGGUUUGAAUAGUCCCCUACGACUGGAGAAGGUGGCAAAUGAGGUGACAUAUCGUAGGAUGAAGGAUGCCUUGAUACAAUUGAGUAAAGGUGUGCAGAAGGGUCCUGCAGCUGAUCUAGUCCCUGUCUUAUUUGGAGAGAGACUGCCAGCUGUAGCCAAGAAGGAUGUCACAUUCAGCCCCUUUAAUUCCAACUUGGAUCAUUCUCAGAAAGAAGCAAUUUCAAAGGCCUUGGCUUCAAAGAAUGUAUUUUUACUGCAUGGGCCUCCUGGAACCGGGAAAACUACAACAGUCGUGGAAAUAAUCUUGCAAGAAGUAAAACAUGGAUCAAAGAUUCUAGCUUGUGCUGCUUCAAAUAUUGCUGUUGAUAACAUUGUGGAGAGACUUGCUCGUCACAGAGUUAAGUUGGUGAGAUUGGGCCAUCCUGCACGUUUACUACCUCAAGUAUUGGAGAGUGCUUUGGACGCACAGGUUCUACGAGGGGAUAAUAGUUCUCUAGCAAAUGACAUUCGUAAGGAAAUGAAGGCACUAAAUGGGAAGCUGUUGAAAACCAGAGACAAAAAUGCAAGGAGGGAUAUCCAGAAGGAGCUUAGAACACUUUCCAAAGAAGAGCGUAAAAGGCAGCAACUAGCCGUGACAGAUGUCAUUAAAAAUGCAGAUGUCGUCCUGACGACGCUGACUGGAGCAGUUUCUCGGAAGCUGGAAAACACUUCCUUUGAUUUGGUCAUUAUUGAUGAAGCUGCUCAGGCCCUUGAGAUAGCAUGCUGGAUAGCUCUGUUAAAGGGUUCAAGAUGUAUACUUGCGGGGGACCAUCUUCAGCUUCCUCCAACCAUCCAAAGUGUUGAAGCUGAGAAGAAAGGUUUAGGUAGGACCCUUUUCGAGCGCCUUGCGGACAUGUAUGGAAAUGACGUGAUGUCCAUGCUAACCGUCCAGUAUCGAAUGCACGAACUUAUCAUGAAUUGGUCAUCUAAGGAGCUUUACAACAGUAAGAUAAAAGCUCACUCAAGUGUUGCUGCACACGUGCUUUAUGAUCUUGAGGAUGUAAAGAAGACCUCUUCGACUGAAGCAACUCUUCUGCUCAUAGACAUUGCUGGAUGUGACAUGGAAGAAAAGAAGGAUGAAGAAGAAAGUACGUUGAAUGAGGGUGAGGCUGAGGUUGCCAUGGCCCAUGCAAGGAGACUUGUUCUUAGUGGAGUUCAAGCUUCUGACAUCGGGAUUAUCACCCCUUAUAACGCUCAGGUUGUCUUACUGAAAAUGAUGAAAAGCAAUGAAGACAAGUUAAAGGAUAUGGAAAUCUCAACAGUUGAUGGCUUCCAGGGUAGGGAGAAGGAAGCGAUCAUUAUUUCAAUGGUUCGGUCAAACUCGAAGAAAGAGGUGGGGUUUUUGAGUGACCGAAGGCGAAUGAAUGUGGCCGUGACACGGGCAAGAAGGCAAUGCUGUCUUGUCUGUGACACUGAGACUCUGAGCAGUGAUGGUUUCUUGAAACGGUUGAUCGAGUACUUUGAGGAACAUGGAGAGUAUGCAAGUGCCUCGGAGUACAUCAAUGAAUAAGAUAAGUACAUCGCGAGAUGCCUCUUUGCUUAUCUUCUCAGCAAUCGCUAUUCUACAGGCUGUUUUCAGUUAUUGGAGAGUAGUUUAGGAAUAUCAAAUAUUGUUUUUUGUACAUUACGUUGCUCAUAUUUUUGGAGCUCAUAAGAAUGGCAGGUGUGUUCAAUUUAACACUUUAAGAAA